ACCUCUGGGUUCAGGUGAGUAACGGUCCGGGAAGGGGCCCUGCUUGCUUCAUACGUGUCCCGCGUUGGCGGGUUCCUCACCCCUCUGUCUCUGUCAGGAGCGUCUCGGGAAGCGUUACGAUGCUGCGGGGGAGCCUCGAGUUCCUGCGGAAGGGGGUCUUGUUGCCCCCUCUCCGUGUGGCGUUUCUACCACGGUGUUCACAGUCCAGCUCCGCCACGGACCACAACCACGUCGAGCUGGCACGCGAGCGCUCAAAGACCGUCACUUCCUUCUACAACCAGUCCGGCAUUGACUCGGCUGCCGAGAAGGCGUCUGUCCGUCUUACUCCGACCACCAUGCUGUAUUCGGGGCGCUCCCAGGACGGCAGCCAUAUUCUGAAGAGCGCUCGCUACCUGCACAAGGAGCUGCCGGUCCGCAUCGCUCACCGGAUUAAAGGUUUCCGGAGCCUCCCUUUUAUCAUUGGCUGUAACCCCACCAUCCUGCACGUGCACGAGCUCUACAUCCGCGCGUUCCAGAAGCUGAGCGAGUUUCCUCCGAUCACCGAUCACGAGACAGAGAGCCAGUACUGCAAACUUCUCCGGCAGCUGCUCGACGAUCACAAGGACGUGGUCACUCAGCUGGCAGAGGGCAUGAGGGAGAGCCGCAAACAUAUCCAGGAUGAAAAGGUUAUCCGCUUCUUCCUGGAUAAGACUCUGACGUCGAGGCUGGGGAUCCGCAUGCUGGCGACGCAUCACCUCUCUCUGCAUGAGGACAAGCCGGACUUCGUGGGGAUCAUCUGCACCCGUCUGUCGCCCAAGAAGAUCAUUGAGAAGUGGGUGGAUUUUGCCAGGCGCCUGUGUGAACACAAGUACGGGAACGCCCCGCGCGUCCGCAUCAACGGCCACGUCGCCGCGCGCUUCCCCUUCAUUCCGAUGCCGCUGGAUUAUAUCCUCCCCGAGCUGCUGAAGAACGCCAUGCGGGCGACCAUGGAAAGCCACAUGGACACCCCGUACAACGUCCCCGACAUCUCCAUCACCAUCGCCAACAACGACAUCGACCUCAUAAUCAGGAUCUCGGAUCGGGGCGGUGGGAUCCCCCACGAUCACCUGGAGAGGGUGAUGGAUUACCACUUCACCACGGCCGAGACCAGCGCCCAGGACCCCCGCAUCAACCCCAUCUUCGGGAACAUGGUGGACAUGGUGAACAGCGGCCAGUCGGGUCCGAUGCACGGGUUUGGAUUCGGACUCCCCACGUCCCGAGCAUACGCAGAAUACCUAGGGGGGUUCCUCUGCAUCCAGUCUCUCCAGGGGAUCGGGACGGAUGUCUACCUGCGCCUCAAACAUAUCGACGGAAAAGAAGAGAGCUUCCGCAUCUAACGCCGGACCCCGCGGCCCCCACAACUCAC